AUGUUGGCGGGCCUUGUCAAUGUGAUGCAAAAAUUGGCGACGGUAAGAGAUGCCAAAUUCCUGUCGCGAAUCCAGAGUGCAAUUGCUAACUCCACCGCCAUGCGGAACUGGCUACAAUCUACUGGCCGAUGGACUGAUAUAAGCGCCUACGCAAAAUCAGAGUUGCUAAAUGAUCGAGUGACCCUAAACUCCGUCAACCUCACCCUUGUCCUCCAUCAGAGAUCACUGAAGCUCUAUGAGUUCAACGUAAAUGUGCGGAGGAUGCUGAACAAGGAACUGGGUAUCCACAAUUUGUUAUUGAAUAAGGCUCAAACUGCGAACGAAGACCAGACAUUGGCGGUAGGUGAGGGUAAGGACGAAGAUGAGUCAUCGGAGAGUGACGAGAUUGAUGAGGCCGUCAUCGAGCAGGCGCUAUCGGAGGACAGUAGUAUGCCCGCGGACAGCACCGCCAUGGAGAAAGAGCUCGAAGGUAUUCAGAGUGCUCUACGGUCGCCGCAGGUGAAGGCGACACUAGAAAAAAUGUCUCAAUCCUCAAAAAACGUCCUCGUGAUGAAGGCGGAUGUGCAACCGAUGGACGGUGGAAUGCUUGCAAUUCUCGUUAAGGUUAGUUCCCAGUGCACUAAAAGCUGCUGUUGUGCCACUCUCCUGUACUCAAUUAUCUGA